AUGGGUGCUGUUGCUGACACACCUGCAGCAGCAGUGCUGCUCCGGCUCCUGCAAUUGGCUGUGUUCUUGGUCUUUGGAGUUGCAGCUGUUUGCCCUGCCGCGCAGGCCUCCACGGUUCAUCACUACCAUUUCCUCGUAAAGAGGGUUAGCGUCACCAGGCUGUGCCGGCAGAAGAGCAUCCUCACCGUGAACGGCCAGUUCCCCGGCCCGACCAUCCGCGCCCGCAAGGGCGACGUCGUCGUCGUGAACGUCCACAACCAUGGCGACAGGAACAUCACCAUCCACUGGCACGGCGUGGACCAGCCGCGGAACCCGUGGUCCGACGGGCCGGAGUACAUCACGCAGUGCCCCAUCCAGCCCGGCGCCUCCUUCGCCUACCGGUUCAUCCUCUCCCAGGAGGAGGGCACGCUGUGGUGGCACGCGCACACCGGCUUCGACCGCGCCACCGUGCAAGGCGCCAUCGUCAUCCGCCCCAGCCGCGGCACCACCUUCCCCUUCCAGUUCCAGAAGAAGCCGCGCGUCGAGGAGUUGCCGCCGAUCAUCCUUGGCGAGUGGUGGCGGGACGACGACGUGAACGACCUGCUCGAGGAGACCAAGCGAACCGGGCGCGACGUCAAGCCGUCGGACGCCAACACCAUCAACGGCGAGCCGGGCGACCUGUUCCCGUGCUCCGAGCGCGGCACCACCGUCGUCGCCGUGGAGCGCGGCAAGACGUACCUGCUCCGGCUGAUCAACGCGGGGCUCACCAACCAUAUGUUCUUCGCCGUCGCGGGACACCGCCUGACGGUGGUGGCCACGGACGCGCGCUACACGAAGCCGUUCGCCACCGACCACGUGAUGGUGGCGCCGGGGCAGACCGUGGACGCGCUCCUGGACUCCGACGACCGCGGCGCCGGAGGCCGGUGCCGGUACUACAUGGCGGCGAGGACGUUCGCGUCCGACACCACCGUCCCUUUCAACAACAGCACCGCCACGGCCGUCCUGGAGUACACACGGACACUGCGGCGCCGGGGCACGCCAAGACGACGACCGCCCGUCUUCCCCGUUGCCACCCUGCCGGCCGUGAACGACAUCGGGGCGGCGGCGGCGUACACGACGCGGCUCCGGUCCCUGGCGAGCGAGGAGCACCCGGUGGACGUGCCGGCGCGCGUGGACGAGCGCCUGGUGGUGACGAUGGCCGUGAACCUGCUCCCCUGCGCGGCGAACACGACCUGCAGCGGCCCCGGCGGCGCCCGCCUCGCGGCCAGUCUGAACAACGCCAGCUUCGUGAACCCGUCCGCCGCCGACGUCCUCCGCGCCUAUUACUACCGCCGCUUUCGCUCCGCGCGCGGCGUGUACGAGGCCGACUUCCCCGACCACCCGCCGUCCGCGUUCAACUUCACUGACCCCGGCGUCCGGGCGUCCGGGCUCGUUGGCGCGGCCACGGAGCGGGGCACCAGGGUCAAGGUGCUGGAGUACGGCGCCGCCGUCGAGGUGGUGUUCCAGGACACGGCCGUGCUCGGCAUGGUGAGUCACCCCAUGCACCUGCACGGGUUCAGCUUCUACGUCGUGGGGCGCGGGCUCGGCAACUUCGACGAGCGGAGGGACCCCGCCGGAUACAACCUCGCCGACCCGCCGCUGCAUAACACGGUCGCCGUGCCCAAAGCUGGCUGGGCCGCCAUACGGUUCCGCGUGAACAACCCCGGGGUGUGGUUCGUGCAUUGCCACUUUGAUCGCCACAUGGUGUGGGGAAUGGACACCGUGUUCAUCGUGAAAGAUGGCAAGGCUCCUGAUGCCAAGAUGAUGCGGCCUCCUUGGAACAUGCCUCAGUGUUGA